AGGAUGAUCCCUUCAUACCCUCUGAUCUCUUCCAGGGAUGAACCACAGGGCGUCUCCGAGCCCGGACAGCCCGCGGGCCAGGAGCCGGGACAACCUGCUGAUGUACGAUGACUUCCCAGAGGAGAACAGUUGCCCUGGACGAUGGCUCGGCCACGGCGGCUCUGAGAGACAACUGCUGGCUCGCCUCAGCGCCGUGAAGCGACGCCAGGCCCUGCGAGGCCCCGGCCACAUGUUCACCGCCCCGUCCGUCAGCCCCUCGGAGGUUGAGCAGCGCUUCCUGGAGGCAGCUGAGUAUGGCAACAUACCCGAGGUGCGCCGCAUGCUGCUGCACGUGCCGCACCUGAACGUCAACACGGUGAACUACAUGGGACAGAACGCGCUGCAGUUGGCCGUGGCCAACGAGCACCUGGAGGUCACUGAGCUGCUGCUGGGGAGGCCAGACUUGGCCAGAGUGGGCGAUGCCCUGCUGCUGGCCAUCAGUAAAGGCUACGUUCGCAUUACAGAAGCCCUGCUAGCCCACCCAUCAUUUCGAGAUGCCCAUCGUCUUACAGCGAGUCCUGCUCAAGUGGACAUACUAGACGACUUCUACGCUUACGACGAGGACGGGACGAGGUUCUCCCACGAUGUCACUCCGGUGAUCCUGGCGGCACACUGCCAGGAGUACGAGAUCGUCCACACCUUGCUGAGUAAAGGGGCUCGCAUCGACCCUCCCCACGACUACUUCUGCAGCUGCAACUCCUGCAACUACCAGCAACAGUUUGACUCCUUCAGCCACUCACGCUCUCGCAUCAACGCCUACCGGGGACUGGCCAGUCCGGCGUACCUCUCCCUGUCCAGUGAGGACCCAGUGCUGGCUGCCCUGGAGCUCAGCAACGAACUGGCCAUGCUGGCCAACAUCGAGAAGGAGUUCAAGAACGACUAUUGCUGUCUGUCAAGCCAGUGUAAGGACUUUGUGGUGGGCCUCCUGGACCUGUGUCGCAGCACGGAAGAGGUGGAGGCCAUACUGAAUGGAGAAGCCGACUGCGGCGACAGCUACGAUCCGCCAGGUCGCCCUUCCCUCGCACGCCUCAAGUUAGCCAUCAAGUAUGAACUGAAGAAGUUUGUGGCCCAUCCCAACUGCCAGCAGCAGCUGCUGAGUAUCUGGUAUGAGAACCUACCUGGUUUGAGGCAACAAACCACCGGCAUCAAACUUCUGGUGGUCUUGGCGGUAGCUAUGGGGCUACCAGGGUUGGCUUUGGCUUACUGGAUUGCUCCGUGCAGCAGAGUGGGUCGAGUGAUGCGAAGCCCCUUCAUGAAGUUUGUGGCCCACGCCUCGUCUUUCACAAUCUUCCUGGGUCUGCUGAUCUUGAAUGCCGCAGACCGCUUUGCAGGAACCACUUUACUGCCCAACAUGACCCACCAUCAGGUUCCAGGAGGACUCAGCACAGACCCACUGCUGCUCUACCGAAUGACUACAACCCCCUUCACCUGGAUGGAAAUCCUCAUUAUCUCGUGGGUCGUGGGUAUGAUCUGGGCGGAAGUGAAGGAGAUCUGGAGUCUUGGACCAGGGGAAUACAUUGUGGAGCCGUGGAACUUUCUGGACUUUGGAAUGCUGGCCAUCUUCCUGGCGUCCUUCAGCUGCCGCUUCUCUGCCCUGAGACACGCAAACUCUGCUCAGACUUAUGUACACACUCACUACACAAACCUGGCAAAUGUCACGCUGCCCCCGGAGAUACUCUACUUUACACUGGCCCGCGUCCACUGGCUGCCGUCGGACCCCCAGCUGGUCUCUGAGGGUUUGUACGCUGUGGCGGUGGUGCUGAGCUUCUCUCGCAUCGCUUACAUCCUCCCGGCCAAUGAGAGCUUUGGUCCGCUGCAGAUCUCCUUGGGGAGGACAGUGAAGGACAUCUUCAAGUUCAUGGUCAUCUUCCUGCUGGUCUUCUUGGCCUUCAUGAUCGGCAUGUUCAACCUGUACUCCUACUACCUGGGCGUCAAGCAGAACGAUGCCUUCACCACGCUGGAGGAGAGCUUCAAGACUUUGUUCUGGGCCAUAUUUGGGCUAUCCGAAGUCAGGUCUGUGGUCAUAAACAACAGACACAAGUUCAUCGAGAACAUCGGCUAUGUGCUGUAUGGCGUUUACAACGUUACCAUGGUUAUCGUGCUGCUCAACAUGCUGAUCGCCAUGAUCAACAGCUCCUUCCAGGAGAUUGAGGACGAUGCUGAUGUUGAGUGGAAGUUUGCUCGGGCUAAACUCUGGUUUUCCUACUUUGAGGAGGGUAGAACGCUACCGGUGCCCUUCAACCUGGUCCCCAGCCCAAAGUCCAUGCUGGGUCUGUCCAAAGGUAUCAAGUCUCUGGCCCUGCACUAUGUGAGGAGACAAAGGGAAGACAAAGAUGAGACACAGCUUGACAAGAUUGGAGAAAGAAAAAGUUCAACAUACAGCAGCUCCACUCACCCUUCCAGAUAUCAGAAGAUCAUGAAGCGUCUGAUCAAGCGUUAUAUCAUCAAAGCUCGAGCAGACAGAGAGAGUGACGAGAUCACAGAAGGUGAGUUGAAGGAAAUCAAGCAGGACAUCUCUAGCCUGCGCUACGAGCUGCUGGAAGAGAAGUCUCAGAACAUGGAGACCCUGGAUGAACUGCUGAAAAGACUUGGCGACAUCACCACCCCCUCUUGAUCAUUUGUUUACUACUGUAUACGUCUCACCGCUUGGUGUGGCCAUUAUAAAGAUUUGGACAAACAACAGAGUGGAUGUACGUCAUCACUGGUUGACAAACACUCCUGAUCAAAAUUUGAAGACCAGCAAGAAUUUGCAUUUUGUACCGUUGAAUCUUAAAGGAAAACUGCACUUUUAAGAAUAAGAAUUUCUGGGGGUCUACCACUUGACUUUUUUGUUCCCUAACCCUCAGCAUCUUUGAAGAAGUUUCAAAUGACUGUCUUACUGCAUGACAAAGUAUCUCCAAACUUUUGACUCUGUGUAUAAGGAUAUGGCUAAGAGUGGGAGUAAUAACAAUCAUGACAUUACUGGAGAAAAAAUUAAUAAAAAAAAAAUAAAAUGAAAAAAUUGCACAAUCCAAUAAACUAUUAGAAUAAUACCCACAGUAGAUCAGUGGUCACCGACCAUUUUGAGCCCAAGAUCCCUGGCCUUAGCCAUGAAACAAGGCAAAGAACUACACCCCCCACCCCCUGGGUGAUAUUUCUUUGAAUAUUUUCAUUAUUUUAUAAGAAGUUAUAUUGUACAUAUUUAGGGGGUUGGGGUUUUUUUUGUUUAAUUUUGUUUCUGCAGUGUGCCUUGGGCCAAAGACAAAUGGGC